AUGGCGAGCAACAUUCCUGCCGGUCUGAAAUCUGCAGACAUUGGGCGCUUUGCCGUCAGGGCCGCUCAGCUGGAACGCGUGAAGCCCGUGAUCGCCUACUGGUGUAAUUUCUGGAUCGUCAACCAAAUUAUCGAAAAGGGCCUUCAUUCCGAUGACGAAGUCAAGCUGUACACGACAAACCUUGUGGACAAGUUGGAAACCUUCAAGGAAGAGAACCCCGAUAAUGAUACCGUGACGGAUGCAGUGGCCGCCAAUGCCUACGUGGAGGAGUUCGGUCUGGAGGUCUUCGCUCGAGCAGAGGCAACCAUGAGGGCCAACAAGGUGACGAAACAAACUGCAGAUACGUUCCAGGCGGCUGCUACAUUUCUCGAACUUUGCCAGAUUUGGCACGCCCCAGAGCCCGAACUCGCCGUCAAGAUCAAAUUCGCCAAGUACCAUGCGCUGAGGAUUGCGAAGGCUAUCAAGGCUGGUGAAGACCCCAAUGCGACGAAUCCAGUGAUUGAAGAGGAUAAUCUCGAGCCGAAGGAAGAUGAUCCGGAAGUGCAGGCGAUUGUUCAGUCCCUUCCUCCAGCCGACCCUGAAAACCUACCAGGACAGCAGCAGCCGUCUGUGGAAGAAGUUCCCGAUGAAUCUUCCGCGCAACCUUCAGGAUCGACUCCUACCCUACCACAAGUUCCAACCGCUUUUGCCGAUAGCCGGCCUAUCCAGCAUAAUGCGCCGUCUCCGGGCACGGAUGUCGAUAACGACCAAGGCGCGCCCUUGAAUCUUCCAUCGGCGCCGGACACAUUCGCAUCGUCCGCAUCUGCGCCGACUCUACCUGAUACCCCGACUCAGAUUGGCAGGCACCACUCGUCUGGGGAUCCUAAUGCAUUCCAAUCUUUCCCGCCCCCGUCGUCCAGUCCCGAUAGAAGCCCAACAGGAACGUCUUUUGAUGCCAAAGCUUUUUACAGCUCUAACAGAUCGCCUCCCCCUCCCGCGCAGCCAUCGCCUGGGCCACUGCCUGUGGUGUCACGUCCCGCACCCCAGUUUAUGCCCUCAGCAGCCCGUAUACCUGUAGCCUCUACACCCAGCUCAGCGAACGCAUCGGCAGUGGAUGACAACGCUAUUGCACAGGCUCAGAAACAUGCUCGCUGGGCCGUCUCUGCUCUGGCCUUUGACGACGUGGACACUGCUAUUAAAGAGCUCAAGAACUCGCUCAAACAGCUCGGAGUUGAGUAA